GCCGAGUCAGUUUGCACCGAGUCCUCAACGUGGGAGCAGUGCUCUGUUAAUAAAAGUGUGCUGUAUUUUACCAGUGGUUAUAAGAGAUUAUAAUAAUAUAUUACAAAAAAAAAAAACAAUUUCUUCUUCCAUCAUCAUCCUGUCACGACCGAACGUUGUUUUCAGUCCAGUAAUGUCUCUGGAGGAUUCACGACGUUCUCAACGACCGUACAGGUACGGUAUGGUCCUUUUAUGUGUUGGAGCUUUGAUAAAUUGGCUAGGACUUGCGGAAAAUUAUGUCGAACCAGUCCGAUACGUUGGAGUUGCAUGCAUAGUAGCAGGGGCACUUUUGAUAUGUGCAGCUAUGUGUUGCUGGUUACACGCGCCGCCAACUCGGACUAGCACGCACGCGCAACACGCGAAUCAUCCAAUCACGGCCCAGAUUGACGAUCCAAUUCAUGUGAUUUCAAUCGAGGAACCGUCGAAUGGUGCAAGACAAAAGCCACCGGAUUAUGAAGCUGUAACUGAUGCGCCACCAAGUUAUGAUGAUGCCAUUAAAUUGAAUCCUGGUCAUUUGAUUAGGUUAAGUACGAGUAGUACGGCAUCUUUACCAACAGAACAUACGAUACCGGGAACCGUUGAAUUGGUUCCCGGUGAAACCAUGCGAACACCGCCACCGCCAUAUGCGAGGUGAAAGAUUUUUUGAAGCAUGGUGGUUACGAAAAAAAACGAGAGGGUUGCUGCGAGAUGGCAGCAGCUUAAAAAGAGAGACGACCGAGGAAGUGUAAAGAGUCUAUUAAAAGUCUUCAUGACACGAAUGACACUAAGAGACACCGUAUUUUUUAUGUGUGUUUUUUAUUAUUGUCAAUAUUAGCGCUAAUUGUCGCAAAGGGGAUAAUUUUUUCUGAGAAAAAAAAACCAUUGCGAUUGGGCGUUAAAAUGGACUAUUACAAAAGUAAAAGUGCGAUCAUCCAGGGUAGAAGAUAAAACGUGGCAUGUUCCUUUCUCCGAAAAAAAAA